UUUGCGUUUGUUAUGUUAUCACCCUUUCUAAUGUCAGGAGUUUUCUUUCUUUGCGUAUCCGAGCAAUUUAACGAUAAUCACUGGUGAAAAAAAUCACAAACAACUGUUCAAACUAUCGAAUUACUCAUUUCAAAGCAAAGUUUUUGCUUCGCGUGGGCGCGUCUACCGUGAAAAAAUAGUUUGCGAGUGUUUGGAUAACAUUGUAAAGUGAACGGAAAAACUCGACAAGAUGAUUAACACAGAAGUUCCACGAGAGUUGAAAUGCAAAAUUCUCACCAACCAAAUGCAGAUGAAAGAAGCAAUUUCCAAGCAUCAGAAACUGAUGCUUAGAAUGAAAGAAGUAAAUAUUCGAUUGGUUAAACAAGUACAAGAUUUAAUAAAUGAAACUGAACAACAAAUUGUUAUUAUUGGUUUGGAGCAAAAAGCUCUGGUUGACAAAUUGAGGAAAGAACAUAAAGCACAUCAACAUAAAGAGAAGACAAAUGUGAUUAAAAACGGUGUAGAAGAUCGUCGUAUCAAUUUGACCAAUUCUUUUGUACGCGCUAGAAAACAAAAUAUAUCAAGCAUCAUACAAUCAGUAUCUCCGUCUGAUGAGUCAGACUUGAUAUCAACGCCUACUACACCUGAACCAACCACAUUCAAUCCAAUCAAUCCACAGGACAUUAGUCAAACAGAGUUCCUAACAUACUUUGGUCUAGCCACACAUGAUGUAUUUAAAGAGAUUCAAAACAAACGCGCCGAGAGAAAACGGCGACGCACUGCAAACCCGCAAUUUUUAUAUUCUCGCGGAUGGGACAUAUCAAAGCGAAAACGUAACGUAUAUUUGGCAUCAAAUGUUUCCCCGCCAAAUACACGUCAAUCGUCGAAAAAUAAACGCAGCAAUUCGCCACAAUUCAAGUCUUCCAGGCCAAACUCCCCUGUUGAUAAAAAGAAUUACGGCCAGAGGUGGCCCAGUGAUUUGACAAUCGAACGCGUUAAAGAGGAACAAGUUUGUGCAGAAUGUACAAAACCAGAUAAUUUAUUGGCUUGUGAAGUGUGUGGUUGCGCUUUUCAUGUGACUUGUCACAAUCGUCCAUUGAGUCAAACUCCACGCCACUGCCCUAAAUGUCUGAAAAGUAUCCUAGCACAUGAGGCUGAAGUUUCUGAAAAACUAUUAUUACGUUCGCAACUUGAAGAAAAGAACAAAGAGUUAACCGAGGAAUUAACGAAACUUCAAGAUCAACAUUCCGAGUUGGAAGAGUCGCUGAAAAUUGAAGACGUGGCUAAAAAAGAGAUGUUUGCGGCUCAGAAGACUGUGGAAACUAAGAUUGAUACACUUAUUGCGUUUAUUAAGACAUUUCAGGAGCCUAAGAGUAUCAAACCUGCUGUAGACUCAUCACCGCCCCCGGAAUCACCGAUUUCUGAGGAGAAGGAAGAAGUGUUCGAUGAUAAUCAAUUGAUUGAUAAUCUACAAUCGUCUGAGACGAUGGAUUCAAUGGUUUCACCACCUGCAUCUCCAACUGUUGAAUCAAUUGGUGAAGACACAGCUGAAACAGCUUAAAUUUAAUGAUAUUCAUUCUAAUGAAUGCUGUUCUUCAUUACGAUUUUUAACAAAU